CUUAAUGAAAGGCUGGCGGCUGGCGUUGCGGAUCUGCUGGCUCAACGCGUCAAAGUCCCUGGCAUCGCGUCUGUCCCGCGGUCAACCAAUUUCCAACGUCAUCCGCCAUCCCCUCCUUCCCUCGAUUUCUUCUCGCCUUCGUUUUGCUUCAAACUUAGCCGCCAAGCAGCGCUCACAAAUUAUUGAUUGUGUCGGACCCCGGAACCUUGCUCGCAUUGGCCGCUGAGAGCCAUUGACAUUAUUCCCUUUUCAGCUCCAGGACCAGGGUUGAAUCCCCCUCCCGCGGAAACCACCUCACAUCUGCGUGAACUCUGCAUCCCCUUUCUGGCUCCACAAUGCGCCACAUAUCCUCGCCCUCGACGACCCACCGCGAUAAACGCCCUUUCCAGCCUUCCAUCACCAGCUUCUUUGUGCGUGAGGGCCAAGACUACGACGACGCGGAGGAGCUGUUGCGGGGCGCAGGUCCGAUUACCCGAAGUCAACGUCACCCUAGAGAGAGAGCUGCGCACGAGAAUCACCACAGUGUCAUCCCCCCCAUCCCUGCGACAGUCCAGGCGAACUUGUUGUCUGUCGGAAUGAGGGUGAGGAAGAGCGUGCCUGAGGGCUACAAGACGCACAAAACCCCAGCCAUGCUGCCGUCGAUCCAAACCACGAUUUCUCGUGCGCCGAUGACGAAUCCCAGCGCUGCGAAUAGCCGCAGCGAUGCGUAUAGCGUGAAGCCGCCUCGGGAACCGGUGCCAGCCGUCGUUCAGCAUCAGAGAGAGUUGCUGCCGUUCUGUGGAUUGCACAAGAUUGGCGGGUUUGCGGAGCAACCCGUCACGAAUGUGCAUCUGUAUGGUGGAACCGACGAGCACGGCGAUCGGCCUGUGAAUGCGUUUCCUCUGCCUGCGGAAGCUUUCAACACGCCUUUCUCAUCACACACUUCGACGAUUUCCGUGUCGACCGAAUUAGCGCCGCCGAAUCCCAUGAAUCCACACAAGCGCUCAUAUGACGAGGAUGAGGGGAAGCCGCUGAAUAUGAAUACGAACUUCCUCUUUGCCUUCCCAGUCCAGGUUUCUGAAGACGAGGUUCCAGUCUCUCCGCUCUCGGCAACACCCUCGCAGUCCAUCAAUUCGCUCCAGCAAACCGCUCUCCGGCCUUUCGCGCAACCGAAGACAAGGCGGCAAGCUGCCGGUCGGAUAAUCGAGGCUAAUGGAGUGCUGCUAAAAGAGCAGGACAUGGAUCUAGAUCUGGAAAAUGCCGAGGAGAGGGAGGAAAGGGUCGUGGGAAGCUCGACCGACUUUGGCGAAGCCGAGUUCUUGCGGCCCUGGAGUAGCAGAGAAGUAGAGAUGGGAGACGUCUAAUCACAUCGAUCCCCGUGUCGAGAUCUUCUCCUUUCGUUUUUCAUGAUGUUGGCUGUUGAGGCGGCUUAUGGAUUCGGCCUCGGCUUUAUCCGCUACCAACCCAAGCACUUUUCUGUUCUAUGUUCCCGUCUCUCCAAGUUUUGAUAUCCCUUCCCUCAUUCCCUUUGUCAUCCACUUUCAUAACCCUACAGUAAACGUAC